UUAAAAGUUUGAUAAAGAUGCAGCUAAAGUGGGUAUAGGUGUUGUUGGUUGUUAAAAACCCACCCUCCUCCUUCCCUUCUCUUUUCAUACUUCAAAAUUGAUCCUCUUCUUUUUUCAACCUCCUAACUUCUUAUAUAUGUCUAAUGCCUUAAACAUCUGAAAAAUUAGGUUGAUUGGAGAAGAAGAAAGAAGAAGAUCAAAGAACAAGGAAAUGAGUACAGCAAGAUUUAUCAAAUGUGUGACAGUUGGGGAUGGGGCUGUGGGAAAGACAUGCAUGCUCAUUUCUUACACAAGCAAUACAUUUCCGACGGAUUAUGUUCCUACAGUGUUUGACAACUUCAGUGCAAAUGUUGUGGUGGAUGGUAGUACUGUGAACCUUGGUCUUUGGGAUACCGCAGGGCAGGAGGAUUACAAUAGGCUAAGGCCAUUGAGCUACAGAGGAGCAGAUGUAUUUCUGUUGGCCUUCUCUCUGAUCAGCAAGGCCAGUUAUGAGAAUAUUUCCAAAAAGUGGAUCCCGGAGCUCAGGCAUUAUGCCCCCAAUGUUCCAAUUGUGCUUGUGGGAACCAAACUUGAUUUGAGAGAUGACAAGCAAUACUUGAUUGAUCACCCUGGAGCAACACCAAUAACCACCUUCCAGGGGGAGGAAUUGAGGAAAUUGAUCGGUGCAGUCACUUACAUAGAAUGCAGUUCCAAGACUCAACAGAAUGUGAAAACAGUGUUCGAUGCUGCUAUAAAGGUGGCUUUGCGACCACCAAAACCAAAGAAAAAGCCACGCAAACAAAGAUCCUGCUUGUUCCUCUAAAUUCAAGAAUCAAGACCGGUGUUAAUAUCAUCAUAUAUUCUUCCCUUAUAAUAUACACAAUUUUUCUUCGUGGAUCGACAUGUCACUGUAUUGUAUUCCAUUAUUUCUUUUUAUUUUUUAUUUUUGUUAAUCUCUUUUCUUCUUCUUCUUCUUCUUCAUAUGUAUGUAGUUGUUAUGUUUUAUAGAGACAAGAGAAACUGCAUCAGGGGCUACAAGAAAGAUGCAUUGAAAAUGCCUUCUGUGCUGAAUGAGUUAUAGAAUUUCUAGUCCUCAAUUAAUUAUUUUUGUCCAAUGCUGUAAUAAAGCAACUUGCCUAAUAUCUGUAAUGAUGUUAUAUAAUUUUGUCGACCUUCAAACAAAUAUUGAAAGCAAUUAGGGA